AUGAAAUCGUUGUAUUAUCUUCCCGUUAACCAUGGCUCCGGUUCGGAUUUUCAAGGGAAUGCUAAUGCUACAGCGGGGUCGGAGCCUCUUUUUGGUUCACUAGGAUUGGGCGACGACGGUGGUGCAAUUCCAUCGGUACCACCACCACCACCGACUGAAAAUACAGCGGCUAAAAAAGGGUGUGGUCGUCCGUCGAAAGUGAAGAAUGGCGUUGGUAGACUGAGGAGAAUUGGAAUAGGGUCGGUGACUGUUCCGUUGUCUGGAAAUGUGUUGGCGCCAAGAAGAAGGCCGAAGAGGGCUGGAAGACUAAAUGUGGGUGGUGUUAAUGGUGGUGUUGUUGAGAGUAGAAGAUUUGGUCGGCCUUAUGUCAAUAGAUUUGGGAGAUUGACCGGAAAACCUCUCAACAAGCCUAGCAAUGUUGGACGUGGAACGACAGUGAUAGUGACGGAUCCACGACAGCUUGUGGUUUAUCAAGAAUUGAAGACUAAAUACAGCUUUAAGACUAAAGCCUUCCAAUCAUGAUUUUAGCUUCUCCGAACAGACG